GCAUAGAUUCCUCUCUCGAUCUGUUAACCACAACAGCAAAACUAGAUGGCCAGCAGUAUCAACAGAAUGAGCGUGGUCCUUUUUCUAGCCAUGGCUGCAGCCAUUAUGUUGACGACGGUGCAUGGGCAGGGAACUCGGGUCGGGUUCUACUCGACCACCUGCCCAAGCGUCGAGACUACGGUCCGGUCCGCGGUUCAGUCCCGGUUCGGGUCCGACCCCACGGUCAUGGCCGGCUUGCUCAGGAUGCACUUCCACGACUGCUUCGUCCAGGGCUGCGACGGCUCCGUCCUCAUCUCCGGCACGGGGACCGAGAGGACGGCGAUCCCGAACCUCUCGCUGAACGGGUUCACCGUCGUCGACGACGCCAAGGCGCAGCUCGAGGCGGCUUGCCCCGGCGUCGUCUCCUGCGCUGACAUCCUCGCGCUCGCUGCUCGAGACGCCGUCGUUUUGGCGAAUGGGCCGACUUGGGCGGUGCCGACGGGACGGAGGGACGGGACAGUCUCGCGGGCGCAAGAUGCGUUGGAUAACUUGCCGGGACCUUCCGACUCCGUCGAAUCCCAGAUCCAGAAGUUCACCGACCGGAAUCUCAGCGUUCAGGAUCUUGUUACUCUCACCGGAGGACACACCCUAGGAACAGCAUCGUGCGCGACCUUCAACGACAGGCUGUUCAACUACCAGGGCACCGGCGGCCCGGACCCGUCGAUCGCCGCCGACUUCCUGCCAACCCUCCGGUCGGCCUGCCCGCAGAACAACAACGGCGCGGCGCGCGUGGCGAUGGACACCGGAAGCCAGAACGAGUUCGACACGUCCUACUACACCAACAUCAGGAACGGGCGGGGAGUGCUGGAGUCGGACCAGCGGCUGUGGACCGACAACCGGACCGGGCCCUUCGUGGGCCGCUUCCUGGGCCUCGGCGGGGGCCCGAAUCUGAACUUCAACGCUGAGUUCGGCCAGGCCAUGGUCAGGAUGGGAAAUGUUGGUGUUAGGACGGGGACGGACGGGGAGAUCCGCCGUGUCUGCUCCGCCGUCAAUUAGUUGCCUAAAAGAAACGGGACGGAAAACGUUUCUGGGUGUUUUUGUACUUUUUUUUUCCGUUAUGGGAGUAAGGUUGUAAGCGUGUAAUAGUUUGCCUCGUAUGCAAGGAAUCGAGGCAAACGGCGUCGUAAUAAUGAAUCCAUUUCGGAUCUUUUCAGUUUUUCUCUUUGUGACGAUCAAAUUUGCUGUUUUAAGAUUCUCCAAACUUUGAACGGCAAGGAAAGGAGCACUAUUGAUUCUCUUGG